UUUUCAGGUGUGUUUGUACAUUCGACUGACGAACUAAAGUUCUGAUACAAUUAUCAACAUGCCGGUGCAUAUGGCUCUUUAUAUCAUCGCUGUCCUCUGUUUCAUUGAUCCAGGUUGGACGAUCGCUGAUGAUGGGAAUACACAUACCCAGCUACUUCAAAGGAUACUUAGUGCCCUGGAGGGAGAGAUCGCACAGCUUGAAGGCCAGCAUGUCCACAGGGAAUUAGAAGCAAACGAUGCUCUAGACGAUCAACUAGAACAACUGGCUCAGAUCCUUACACGUGGUAGCGACAAAAAGUUGACGAACCGGAAGUUGGUCAGUACAAAUGUCGAACAAGCGUCGUCUGAAGAAGAUAUUGAGAAGGGAGGCUCAGAAAUGACCAACGAGAACAAAGAUAUGGUGAAGAAACUGAUACUUUCGAUAGUGAAGAAGACCAAACACUGCGGUCCUCUCGGUGAGGGUGAAAUCUGUGCUGACAGUCACGACUGUUGCUGUGGAUACACGUGCUGGAAAUGGCGGUGUCGGGAUAAACAACAAACCAACCCAAACUGGUGGGACAACCUCCAUAACCGAACAUAGUUCAUUCUUUUAGCUCCAGAUUUAAACUGGCUUUAGGUCUCCACGCUCCGCGAAUGUCCAAUAAAGAAUUACCUGUGACAUGUAGGUGGAGAAUCAUUGGAUAAUUAAUUAAUUAUAUUCAUAAACAUUGUACAGGUAUACAUGUAUGUUAACGUUUCACUGGAAAUGUUUCUAUUUUUGGUAUAACGAUUUUAUCUGGUUUGAAUAUUAGAACCUUGAAAUAAAACUUAAAAGCACACAUGAAAGUGUAGUUAAUUCACAAGCUAAUCUACAUUGAUAAAGUACAUUAGGCAUUUAGUAAAUUAACAGAACGGUGGGAACAAUAAAAGUUUCGAUUGUUUACCUGACUAAAAUACACGUUAUUGAAUUUAGAUGUGAUUCAAACAAAAUAAAAAUCAAACACACACUACUGGAAACGUACAUACUUCAGCGCUCAUCUUACUUUAGUGCUCUCCACGCUAGAAGCAUUACGCUAAAUUAUGAAUGCGCAAAUUGCAUUUCUAUAUAAAAAAUCUGAGCGUGCCAAUUCAUCCACGAGCAAAUCUGUUAAAUACGCUAGAAUUUGAGUACGCCAUAUCAAGUAGGUUUACAGUAUGUGGCAUUAGUAACAAUAAAUCUAAUUGUGUUAUAUAAAUAUAUAUAUAUAUAUAUGAAUUAAAAUAUUACAAUAAAUGUCAUUCGUU